UCCGGUGAAGAAUGUAGACCCGGCCGCUCCCCGUGGUAAAACAAAAUAAUCCGGCGAUGCCGGGCGCUAAAACUGGGGCAUUCCCCGCCCCGCCACUGGGAGCGAGCUCACUUCGCCAUCUCCUACGCUGCCCUCCUCCUCUCGCCACGGCCUGGCUGGGCUGAACGCGUCAGCCCGCCCUGAGGAGACGGCGGAAGGAUACUUCACUGCGCCGCCUCAGCAGCGAGUGACAGAGGAAGUAGUUCCGGCCGCGCUCGGGCCUUGUUUCCCAAAAAUAGCGCCCAGCGGAUAUCCGUGCGCCGGUGUCAGUGUCUCCUGAGGAGCCUCAGCGGGGAGGAGGCAGCGGCGGGCGGCGAGGGGCUGCGGGCGGGCGGGGGUUUAUAAGAAGAUAUAGGAACUGUUUCUCAAGCUGAAGACAAAGUAAAAGAAAACUGUAUCAUGUGUUAAAAUACCGAAGGGUGAAAUUUCUUGGAUUAGCAUAUUUCUGGAUUGCAAAGGAAAGGAAAGAAGAGACUGAAAAUGGGGAGAAAGAAAAUACAGAUCACAAGAAUAAUGGACGAACGGAACAGACAGGUCACCUUUACGAAGAGGAAGUUUGGAUUAAUGAAGAAGGCGUAUGAGUUGAGUGUACUCUGUGACUGUGAAAUAGCACUCAUCAUUUUUAACAGCUCUAACAAACUCUUUCAGUAUGCCAGCACUGAUAUGGACAAAGUUCUACUUAAAUACACAGAAUACAACGAGCCCCAUGAAAGCAGAACCAACUCAGAUAUCGUUGAGACCUUAAGAAAGAAAGGCCUUAAUGGUUGUGAGAGCCCUGAUGCUGACGAUUACUUUGAGCACAGUCCACUAUCGGAGGACAGAUUCAGCAAACUAAAUGAAGAUAGUGAUUUUAUUUUCAAGCGAGGCCCUCCCGGCUUGCCUGCUCAGAACUUCUCCAUGUCGGUUACGGUUCCAGUGUCCAACCCCAACACUUUAACCUACAGUAACCCAGGGAGUUCCCUCGUAUCCCCAUCACUGGCAGCCAGCUCAUCAUUAACAGACACGACCAUGCUCUCCCCACCUCAGACCACCCUGCAUCGGAACGUAUCACCUGGGGCCCCGCAGAGACCACCGAGUACUGGCAAUGCUGGUGGAAUGCUGGGGACAACUGACCUCACAGUGCCAAAUGGAGCUGGUACCAGUCCAGUUGGAAAUGGGUUUGUGAAUUCUCGAGCUUCACCAAGCCUGCUCGGCACUGCUGGCGGUGGGAAUGGCUUAGGCAAAGUCAUGCCUACAAAGUCUCCACCUCCACCUGGAGGAGGUAAUCUUGGAAUGAACAAUCGCAAACCGGACCUCCGUGUUGUCAUCCCACCCUCCAGCAAGGGUAUGAUGCCACCACUGACGGAGGAGGAUGAAUUGGAGUUGAAUACCCAAAGGAUAAGUAGUUCUCAGUCCACGCAGCCCCUCGCCACCCCCGUGGUAUCAGUGACAACUCCCAGCUUGCCGCCGCAGGGACUCGUGUACUCGGCCAUGCCCACUGCCUACAACACUGAUUACUCCUUGACUAGCGCAGACCUGUCUGCCUUGCAGGGAUUUAACUCCCCAGGAAUGCUGUCUUUAGGGCAGGUAUCUGCCUGGCAGCAGCACCAUCUCGGUCCAGCAACCCUCAGCUCUCUCGUUACUGGCAGCCAGAUAUCUCAGGGUUCAAAUUUAUCCAUUAACACCAACCAAAACAUCAACAUCAAAUCGGAACCGAUUUCACCUCCCCGGGACCGCGUGACUCCCUCUGGGUUCCCGCAGCAGCAGCCCCCGCAGCAGCCGCCCCCGCAGCCCCCACAGCAGCCGCCGCAGCGCCAGGAGUUGGGCCGCUCUCCUGUCGACAGCCUCAGCAGCUCCAGCAGCUCCUACGAUGGCAGCGACCGGGAGGACCCUCGGAGUGACUUCCACUCUCCUGUGGUGCUGGGAAGGCCGCCAAAUUCAGAAGAUAGAGAGAGUCCGUCAGUAAAACGAAUGAGGAUGGACACGUGGGUGACAUAAACUCGCAGUGUUGCCUCUUCAGUUUUGUGUUCUGAAAAUGAACUGUCCUGACAUAUCUAAAUUUAUAAAUAAGGACAUGAAAUAAGUAUAUUUAUAUGUAUAUACAUACGUGCAUAUAUAUAUCUUCACAUGCAUAUAUAUGUGCUAGUGUGUGUAGCAUACACAGAAUCAUCAGGCACUUAUUACAAACUUCUUGUAUAGCUGCAGAUGUCCCAUGGUAAAACGUAACAGAACAAUCCUGUAGGUAUUGAUCUAGUCUGGCACUUACCUGGACUUGUUGUUUUAAUAAUAUAACCUGUUUUGCAAAGAAACAUUGUACCCGUAUUAUAAUCCUACCACACUAGAUUGCAGAAACCAAGAGGGCUCGCCUGUAGUAACGUCCCUGUGUGUUUUAUUAAAGCUGUAUGGUUACUUGUAGUUAAGAAAUAAUGCUUUGUAGCAGCAGAGCAGUAGAAAAGCAGGAAGAAGAAAGCAAUACUGUACAUAAAAUGACCUUUAUAUUACCCCACCUGGCAUGGGUCUCUAUUGCAGAGGGUGCAUGGAGAAGGGCUGAUGCUAGAGAAAAUAAAAAAACAAAAACCUGUUUUGCACGUGCAAAAAAAAAAAAGUGUAUUGGGUCAAAGAAGUGAUUUUUUUAACAAGUGAGAGAGAGACAUAGAGAACUCGCAUGAAAUAUUCCGAAAAUAUUAGCCUAGAAAAUAGAACAUUAACAAAAUAAAAUUAAUAUAUUAAGUUAUAAUUGGAAUAUGUUUGACAAAUUUGUUUUUACGUUCAUACCUUUGAAAAAUAUAGAAACGGAUUUUAGCUCAUGUAUAUUUUAUAUUAAAGAAAACAAUACCCUAAUGAAUUGAAGACUAUAUAUAAAGUUAUAUACAGUACUUUUGAACACAUUCUGCUAUGAAUUAUUUAUAUAAGCCAAAGCUGUAUGUUGUAGCUUUUUUGUAGAGUAUAGUUUUAUCUUAUUUUGACUUUCUAGUUUUUGCUUUCAAAGAUGAAAAGGAAAAACUUGCAGGCGGAACCUUGGGGGAAAAAUAAGCCAUGAACACUUAUAUGUAAAUUUAAAUUUGAGCCAAACUCUUUGUGUAUAUAGCAUCUUAAAUAUAUUAUCACCUUUGGUGUAAGUACCUAUGUAUUGUACGUUCACCAGAUUAAAAAGUAUAUUUUUGUGGAUUGACGCCGACUUGAGAAAGGCGAGGUCCUUAUUAAGUAGAGUAUUCACUGUUUAAUAUUUACUAUUUUGUUAAAUAUACUGUACUUUCUUUGGAUUUUAAUUAUUAUUAAUAUUAUUAUCCAGAUUUUUCAGAGGGUGUAUAAAGGGGUUUGUCCCCCUCACUGGUGGUGAAUGUGUGCCGUUAAAUUGUAAUCUCUGUGCUGUAUGGUUAAGCUUCAUUAUACAUUUUAUAUAUAUGUAUAUAAAUAGCAAAGUGGCAAAAAAAAAAAUCCGGCGUUAAGUUCAUCCUGCAUAAAUAUAAAAAAAUCUGCUACAACACAUCUUAAGGCAUCGUUUUAAAACUGCCUCUUCUGAGGAGGAAGAAAAACAAAAAACAGUGGAAAAAGCUUGACCUGAUUUCUCCUGAUAGGGAAAUAACACAUAUCAGAUGAGCACAAAGGGUUUCUGAAGUGGUAAGUGGUUUGGGAUAAAGCUGCAGCUUCAGAAGGAAACAUACAGAGCCUCUUUGCUGCUUCCCUGAGGCUGAGCAGGGCCAAGGCUUGUCUGCAUGGAGCUGUGGGAAGGGGAAGGGCAGCAGCAGCUCCUGGGAAGGGCUGUACCUGAGCAGCAGUGAACUGCAGGAGCUGGGAGCACCCACCUGCAGGGGAACCAGCACUGCUCCAUGGAGCAUUCCUGCUUUGUAGGCAUCUCAUUCCCACUCCUGGCUCCAUGCAGAUCGCCUCCCUGCAUGUUCUUUUAUGCUGGGAACCAAAUUAAGUAGACCUUAAUGAAUUCUUAAUGAAUUACUGCUGGUAGUUCUGGGGGAAAAAAAAAAAGACAACAGUGCUAUUUUGUUACUGAAAGCCCUAUAAGUAAUCCCUGAUAUUUCUAAAAUAAUUUUGCCAGAUUUAAAAAAAGUAAUUGAUAUUUUUACUAAGGAGUGUGAGAAACAAAAAUCCAAUGUGAUCCAAUGGGGGUAGCUCCAGUACCUUCAUGACAGGUGACUGGAGAACCAGGCUGGUGCCUGUGGCUCUGCUGCUGUCAUGGUGACUCCUGACCACUUGCAGUCUUGGUCGCUCCAUGGCUGAGCUGUGAUGUUCUGCAGUUCCCAGGUGCAGGAGCCUGCAGGAGCCUGGAGGAAAGGGAAACUUUUCUCACAGCAGCUCAUUUAUUUCCCAGGUGACUGAAUUCACUUACCACUGCCGAGACCCUUUAAUGCUUGGAAAAGUUAUGUGGUUUUUUUUCAUUAUUUAUGCACAUAUAUGAACUUUGCUGUACAUCUGAGUGGGAGUUCUGCAUUCACAUUUACUGUCUAUUUUCUUGUGUGCCUUACGAGAUGGCUUUGCUGACUGUAUCUCAAUAGUCUUUAUUUCUAUGCAGGUUUGUAAACAGUACUAUUACUGUUUUCUUAAAGAAAAAGCUACAUAAGGGUUAGAGUUUGUAUUGAAUUUGCACCUAUGAAUUAAAAAACCAACACGUAAGUUCUUAGGAACUGCUCACGGGACUGUUCUGGUGUUGCCCUGUGCCCCAUCCCCUCCCACAGACUCAGCAGGAGACUUUGGCCGCGUUCUCUCCUAGCGGGAGAACCUCACACCACUGAAGAAAUGGGAAGCCUGAUUUUUAAUAACAGGUAACUAACUUUGGAACAUACUUUUUUAGGAACUGUAAAAAUGUUUUAUAAUGAGAAAAAGACAUAGCACAGAUAUUUCAACAGGUGAAAAAUACUUUUUUUAACUGAGUAAAUAUAUUGAAGUUUCAAGUGAAUCCAAUCCUAGUUUGAACCCAUUGAAGCCUGAGUGACUUCAGAUUUCUAUCUUAUCUUCUAUUGUGACAAAUCACCUCUCCAUCUCUGAGCUCUCACUUUAGUAUUUAAAAAUUCACAUGUAUUUGAGAAUCCCCGGUCAGGGAUUUGUCAGAACAAUGCUUCAGCCUUUCCUUUCACUCCAAGGACACUAAAGCAUCCGAACCUUGCGAAUUGCUGUGCGCACAAGAAAUACAUAGUAAAUAAGGAACAUAACAACUCCUAACAAUCCAUCAUGGGAAGAAGUUAAAUUAGAAUGUGAAAGAAAGACUUCAAUGUAAACGUUUAAAUCUUAGUAGGAACUUUCUUCACUUUGCUGUGCAAGAGAACACUGCUUUGCUAUAUUUAAAAUGGCUUUUUUAAAAGAGAUUUAUGUAUUUGGUAAAUGUUUGUAGUCAACAGUUCACAAAGAAGCUGUUCACGGUUUAAUGAUGAUAAGCCGUUUGGCGGCACAAGCUGGACUUUGUUGCCAUCCUUGAGACGAAUCUUUUAAGAAAAAAAUAAGUUAAUCUCAAUUUUUUCCCUGAAUGUGUUGUUUUUUCUUCAAUAUACAAUAAAUAUUCUAGUGAACUUUUUAUCAAAUGGUUAAGAAAAAUGCUAGAGGUUGUUGUAAAAUAUUUGUAUCCUGCAUUCACUAAAGUAAAGAUACUGGCUUUUACUGUG